UGCAUAUCUGUGUUUUUGCCCCGAUAGAAGGGUUGUGGUCAGACCAAAAACAAAACAAAACGAAGAAAAAGAAAAGUGAUUGUCUUGUCGUGUCGUGUUUGAGCAGAAAGCGAGAGGAUGGUAUCUGGUUUUGUUUGGAUAAGGUCGAAUUUGUAGCUUGAGUGGGUGCAGCUUCGCUGUUCUGUGUGAUCAAAUUUUUCCAUCGACGUCAACCAUCGUGAAAGCUUGGUGGGAUUUCGAUUUGGGGUCAAGAUUGCAUUAUACUUGGACAUGGUCUAUGUAGUAGAUUAAGGAAGUUGAAUUCAAGAGAGAGUUGCCUCCAGGUGAGAUAAUGAUAAUGCCGCUGAAUGUAACUGUUGGACAGUUAAAAUAGGAAGCUGAGUGUGUCCUAAAGGAUGCAUAUUAACAGUUUGUGGUGAUGAAAAUCAAACGCCUGAAGGAAUCAGAUUAUAUGAAAGUAUUUUCUGAACAGUUCAGUUGGGGACAGUUUGUCUCUCUUCACACAAAUACUAUUCCGAUUAAUGUAAUAUACGGUAUUUUAUCAGUUUGAUCAAGAAUAUAGUCAUUUUCAAUUAUAUCUUUCAUUAUUGUAAACUAUUACCAAUAACAAAUCCCGCGGCAAAGCGCGGGUGCCAUUGCUAGUAAGAAACCCUAAAACCCCAAAGAGCUCCGAUUUCUGGAUUCUGAAAGCCACAGAAGAACAAAACUGUAAGUCGUAAAGCUCCGAACUUUUCAAUUCCUUGCAAGAAAACACUUCCAAAUUAACCAUCUUUAUACCCACAAGAUUGUCUUCCUUCAAUUCCUUUGAUUGAGUGCAAGUGUUGACCCACUAUAGAAAAUGAAGCUAAUUUAGUCAAAAACCCCAGGACCCUUUAGUGUCAGUGAAGCAGGUGAAGGCUCUUUCUGGGUUUUCAGUAGGUUUGUGUUCAUUAGUCCACUAACAAAUUGUCAUCUUUAUAUUUACAUAGGGUUUUAUGGGAUUGAAGGAUAGCCUCAAGUGGUUGUUGGCCUUUGGUGUUUGGUGUGCUGCUUAUAUAGCUGUUGGAGCCCUUUCAUCUUUCCCAAUAUUUAACUUUCUCCAUCGCUUUAUCUGAAUCAGCAGCCUAGCAAGCAAAGAAAGCAAACCCAGAUAUCCCAAAAUGGGUUAUGCACAGCUAGUUAUUGGCCCUGCAGGCAGUGGCAAGUCCACUUAUUGCUCCAGUUUGCACCGACACUGUUUAGAUAAUGGAAGGACUCUGCAUAUUGUUAACUUGGAUCCUGCUGCAGAGCAUUUUGACUACCCUGUGGCUUUGGAUAUCAGGGAGCUUAUUAACUUGGAUGAUGUUAUGGAGGAACUUGGACUGGGUCCCAAUGGUGGACUUAUGUACUGCAUGGAACACCUUGAAGAUAAUCUGGAUGAUUGGCUUGCAGAGGGAUUGGAGGAUUACCUGGAUGAUGACUACAUAGUUUUUGACUGCCCAGGCCAAAUAGAACUUUUUUCUCAUGUGCCUAUGCUUCGGAACUUUGUGGACCAUUUAAAGAGCAAGAGUUUCAACGUUUGUGCCGUAUACUUGCUUGAUUCACAGUUCAUGACCGAUGUGACCAAGUUUAUAAGUGGGUGCAUGGCAUCUCUUUCUGCAAUGGUUCAACUUGAAUUACCGCAUGUUAACAUUCUCUCCAAAAUGGACCUUGUGACGAACAAAAAGGAUAUUGAAGAUUUCUUGAAUCCAGAGCCCCAAUUUUUGUUGUCAGAGUUGAACAAACGCAUGGCUCCUCAAUUUGCAAAGCUUAACAAGUCUUUGAUGGAACUGGUUGAUGAUUAUAGCAUGGUGAGUUUUGUGCCACUUGACUUGAGGAAGGAGAGCAGCAUAAGAUAUGUAUUGGCUCAAAUUGAUACCUCGAUUCAGUUCGGAGAAGAUGCUGAUGUGAAGGUUAAGGAUUUUGAUCCAGAAGAUCCACAAAACGACAGUUGAUUAUACAUUUUAACCUUUAAUGUUGCAUCCCCUUAUGUAGCUCGAAAUUUGUGAGAAGUGAAGGUGGUGAAUUCGUGGUGUCAUUGUCAAUAUUUAGGGCCAAAUUAUGAAACUCUUCCUUGAAUCAUGACAGUUAUAGUAAUUCUAUGGAGCACUUGCACUUUUUUCAUAU